AUGAACUUCAAAUGUGAUAGUACGGACAGUGGGCGACGCUUUGGCGCCAUCCAACCUCCCCACUCCGACCCUCUGUAAGCACCCACCACCGCUUCAACUGCCAGAAACCCCAAUGGCGGCUCCCCAAUCUUCCUCCUCCGAAACCAUGACGUUAGAUUCCACUCACCUUUUUCUCAACUCCCACAAAUUACUCUCUCAACACCAAUCUCCCCAACCCCCUCCACCUCCACCUCCCUCCCUCUCUUUUCUCUCCAAUCACUCCCCUCUCCCCCCAAUCCCCACCAAUUUUCCUCAGUCCAAGCUCAUUCCCAAAUCCCGGUUCGUUGUCGAUGGGUUUCGGUGCUCCGGCGACUACUCCGUCACCUACUUCCUCUCUCACUUCCACUCCGAUCACUAUUCCGGGCUCAGCCCUAAGUGGUCCAAUGGUAUUAUAUUCUGUUCAAAUACAACUGCACGCCUUCUCGUUGAAGUGCUUGGAGUCUCUUCUUUGUUUGUUUAUCCUUUGGCGGUGUCCCAACCCGUUUUGAUUGAUGGAUGUGAAGUGGCGCUUCUCGAUGCAAAUCACUGCCCCGGAGCGGUGCAAUUUUUGUUCAAGGUUCCUGGUGUAGAUGGUAGGUUUGAAAGGUAUGUUCAUACUGGUGAUUUUAGGUUUUGUGAAUCGAUGAAAUUGGAGCCUUGUUUGGGUGAAUUUGUUGGUUCUGAAGCGGUUUUUUUGGAUACGACCUAUUGUAAUCCAAAGUUUGUAUUUCCGUCUCAAGAUGAAUCUGUUGAUUAUAUAGUUGAGGCGAUAGAGAGAAUUGGCCUUGAGAACAAGGGUUUGAUGAAGUCUGUUUUGUUUCUUGUAGCUACUUAUGUUAUUGGAAAAGAGAGGAUAUUGCUUGAAAUAUCAAGAAGGCGUAACUGUAAAAUACAUGUAGAUGGUAGAAAAAUGUCGGUGUUGCGAGUUUUAGGGUAUGAGGAUGGUGGGGUAUUUACAGAGGAUGAAUCUAAGAGUGAUGUUCAUGUCGUUGGAUGGAAUGUGUUGGGUGAGACUUGGCCUUAUUUUAGACCCAAUUUUGUGAAGAUGAAGGAGAUUAUGAUUGAAAGAGGGUACUCAAAAGUUGUGGGCUUUGUUCCUACGGGGUGGACGUAUGAAGUAAAGCGCAACAAGUUUGCCAUGAGGACUAAGGAUUCAUUUGAGAUCCAUCUUGUACCAUACAGUGAACAUUCAAACUAUGAUGAGCUCAGAGAAUAUGUUAAAUUUUUGAGACCAAAGCGUGUUAUUCCUACAGUAGGAUUGGACAUUGAGAAACUUGACAGUAAACAUGCUAAUGCCAUGAGAAAGCAUUUUGCUGGUUUGGUUGAUGAAAUGGCCAUCAAGCAUGAAUUCUUGAAGGGUUUUCAACGCGGGUGCCUGGAAGCAGAUGAAAAUGUUGAAAAUAAUACGAGAACUGUCCUGAACAAGGAGCUGGAUGCAGAGAAACAUGUGACUUUUUCCAAAAGGAAAACCAAAGAAAGUACAGAAUCAGGAUUUCUUGCAGUAUCUUCAUCUUCUAUGCAAGAACCUGGUUCACAAGAUUCAACUUUGCUGAAUGAUAAGGGAUCAGAGGAAGUCAUACAAGAACUUCGUGAUUGCUUGCCCAUCUGGGUCACUCAAAACCAGAUGUUAGAUCUCCUUAGCUGCUCAGAUGGAAAUGUCAUUGAAGCAGUUUCUAAUUUCUAUGAGCGUGAAACUGAAUUUCGUGAGCAGGUCAUUGGGCAUACAAAUUCUGUAUGUACAUCUCAGACAAGCUCACUCAAUGAUUCUGUGUCACUAUCUAAACUGGGUUCUGUGGGAAGCAGCCCUCAGAAAAUGGAGGAUAUUCAUGGUAGCCAAAGCUACAGUUUACUCAACAUUAGGAGUUCCAUGAAGAGCAGCAGUCUCUCUUCUGGGAAAAGGAAGAAAAACCUUGACAAAAAGUCAAUUAAGAAAGGAAAAGUUGGCUCAAAACCAGAAUCUGGUGGCUCGAAACAAUCUACAAUAACAAGGUUCUUCAGUAAGAUAGUGAGUAAUGAUUCUCAAAGUGGGGAUGGUAUGUCUGAACAACUUUCUGAUGAUGAAAAUUCAUUUCCAAGUGAGGUUAUCACAUCUUAUGAAGAACAGGUUGAGCAGUUCAUUAAGAUAGUAAAUGUUGAUGAAUCAUCAAGAUACUAUGUUUCCUCCAUCCUGAAGAAGACAAAAGGAGAUAUUAAUAUGGCUCUGGACAUAUACUAUAGUAAACCUGAGGGUAACCUUGGUGAGAAUGAAGAGAGGUUGGUGGUCAGUAGCAAAUCGAUUCAACCUGAAUGCUGUAUCCAAAGUUGCAGUUCUGAGCUAGAGAAAAAAGUAUCAGAGAAGGAAUCAGGAAAUAUAGUUGAAGCUAAGGGGCUAUCAAGAGAGACUAUAGCUGCAACUCUUGUAUCAUUACCGCCGGAAAAAUAUUCUCCAAUAGAGCACGCAUGCUGGAAGCUUGGGCAGCCUGCCCCAUAUUUACAUCUUGCUCGGACUUUUGAUCUGGUUGAGGGUGAGAAGGGCAAGAUAAAAGCAGCUUCUAUGCUGUGCAAUAUGUUUAGAAGUUUGUUGGCCUUGUCUCCUGAGGAUGUGAUACCUGCUGUAUAUCUCUGCACAAAUAAGAUUGCUGCUGACCAUGAAAAUAUGGAACUAAAUAUUGGUGGAAGUAUAGUCACAUCUGCAAUGGAAGAGGCAUGUGGGACAAGCAGGUCUAAAAUAAGGGCCAUGUACAAUAGCUUAGGUGAUCUUGGUGAUGUUGCUCAAGUAUGCCGACAAACACAGUCAUUCCUUGCCCCUCCUUCACCGCUACUAAUUAAAGAUGUGUUUUCCAUGCUCCGAAAUAUAAGUGUACAAACAGGCAGUGGAAGUAUUGUUCGAAAGAAAAGCCUUAUUUUGAAUCUCAUGCGGUCCUGUAGAGAGAAGGAAAUAAAGUUUCUUGUUAGAACUUUGGUUAGGAAUUUACGAAUUGGGGCAAUGAUGAGAACUGUUCUUCCUGCAUUGGCUCAAGCUGUUGUCCUGCAUUCCUCUCCAAACUUUUAUCAUAAAGGAACAACAGAAAACAUAAAGGAGAAGCUUCAGUGUCUUUCUGCAGCAGUUGUUGAAGCAUAUAAUAUACUUCCCAAUUUGGAUUUGCUCAUUCCUUCUCUCCUGGACAAAGGCAUUGGAUUUUCUUCAUCAAGUUUGUCUAUGGUUCCAGGAAUACCUAUUAAGCCGAUGCUUGCAAAAAUCACCAAUGGAGUCCCUCAAGCUUUAAAGCUCUUCCAAAAUAAAGCUUUUACAUGUGAAUAUAAAUAUGAUGGUCAGCGCGCCCAAAUUCACAAACUAGUUGAUGGAUCGGUGCGUAUCUUUUCAAGAAAUGGGGAUGAAACGACAUCAAGGUUUCCAGAUUUGGUUAGUGUGGUCAGGGAAUCAUGUAAGCCUGAUGCAUUGACUUUCAUACUGGAUGCUGAGGUAGUUGCAAUUGAUAGAAAGAAUGGCAGCAAGCUCAUGUCCUUCCAGGAAUUAUCUUCACGAGAGAGAGGAAGCAAAGAUUCCUUGAUCACAUUGGAUAGCAUAAAGGUUGACAUUUGUGUCUUUGUCUUUGAUAUCAUGUUUGCUAAUGGAAAACAGCUUUUGGAUAUUCCUCUGCGUCAAAGAAGAAAAUAUUUGAAGGAUUUGUUUAACGACCAGAAAUUGGGUUACUUUGAAUAUGCAGAGGAAACAACAGUGGAAGCAGAUGAUGCUUCAACCAAUGAAGCCACAUUGACUAAAAUAAAUUUGUUUCUUGAAGAAGCAUUUCGCUCCUCAUGUGAAGGAAUUAUGAUUAAAUCUCUAGAUAUUGAUGCUGGAUAUUCUCCAUCUAAGCGUACUGACACAUGGUUAAAGGUCAAGCGAGAUUAUGUGGAAGGAUUGAAUGACUCACUUGAUUUAGUCCCAAUCGGUGCUUGGCAUGGCAAUGGGAGAAAAGCAGGCUGGUAUAGUCCAUUCCUCAUGGCUUGUUACAACCCUGACACAGAGGAAUUCCAAAGUGUAUGUCGUGUCAUGUCAGGGUUCUCAGAUAAUUUCUACAAAGAGAUGAAAGAGUUCUUUAAUGAAGACAAGAUAUUAUCCAAAAAGCCACCUUAUUAUCAGACAGCUGAGCUACCCGAUAUGUGGUUUACUCCAGAACUUAUUUGGGAAAUAAGAGGGGCAGACUUCACUGUGUCACCAGUUCAUCAGGCAGCCAUAGGUUUAGUUCAUCCAUCCCGUGGCAUCUCAGUACGAUUUCCAAGGUUCAUUCGACCUAUAAUGGAUAGAAGACCAGAGGAAUGUAGCACAGCUGCAGAUAUAGCUGAUAUGUUUCAUUCUCAGACCAGAAAGAUGGAUGUAACACACCAUAAUUGAAUAUGGUUUUCCUGCACUGUACUUAAGAUGCAACUUUUUGUUUCAUUUUUUUUGUAGUGCAAUGCAAAGGUUAUUUAAUUAGCCCUUUUGCUUCUUCACUUGUGUGUAAACCUGUACAGAUGUAGUGAUGGAUUUAGUGUAAAGUUGUAUACAUUCUGUACGGGCUUUCAACAGGAAAGGAACUGUUAAUGAAAAUGGAAGAGAAGAAAUUCUACUUCAGUUGCUUUUU